AUGAAGCUAUUGUCAAGCUUAUCGCUAACACUCUUACCUGCUGUAUGUCUUGCAGCGACUGAAUAUCAAUGUCCAUUACCCGAUGCGGCCAAGAAGUUCAGCGCCAUCGUUCUAGAAGAUAUGGACAGUGCUGCUCACAACGUGUACACCGGUGUUGCCGUUGGAGGUGUGUUCAAGAAUACUAAGAAACCCAAUUCAAAUAUUGCAGUUGAUGGCGAAAGUUUCGUUGGAAGCGUCCAGACCCCCAUUAGAAUCAAUUGGAAUAAGGGCAUUAACACUGGAUCCACGUUGGAGGAUGCUGGUAUUGACUGGUCCUACUUUGAAUACAUGGCGAAAAACACCUUUUCCACCACCAGGAAUGGAUACAAAAUCGUGAGAAUGACUUCGGGUGGAAACUUCAACACUUAUUCUUUCAACAAUGGAGGCCAAGGUGAAGAUAACGGGAAAACAAUCGUCUUCUUCGACACCAACCAAAAAGUGACCUUGACAAAGACAAACGAUGGUCGCCAGUUCGGUCCAACUGUCAUCGCUCCUUUCUCCGAGGUUGAAGUUCAUGGAAACGCUGGUUUCGUGGAUGGUCUCAUUGUUGCCAAGAAACUGAUCACCAGCGGAGGGAAUCCUUCCCAGUUGCAACUCCAUGGUGACUACUUUAAGGGUAAUAAUCUUCCUUGUCUAAAUCCACCACCGUCAGGUGCAACUAGUGGUCCGACUGCUGCACCUACCGGCACUCCGACUCCUGUUCCUACUAGUGGUCCAACUCCUGUACCUACCAGUGGUCCAACCCUUGAUCCAACUAGUUCACCAACAGCAGGACCGACGAAUACCCCUCCGACUGUGGACGGUGGCGCUAAGGGAGAUCCUCAUUUCAAGACCUGGAAGAACGAACAUUAUGAAUACCAUGGUCAGUGUGAUAUGAUCCUUGUCCAAGACCCUGAUUUUGCCAAUGGAUUGGGAAUUGAAGUCCAAAUCCGCACUAAGCUUGUUCGUCACUGGAGCUACAUCAAGAACGCUGCUAUUCGUAUUGGUGAAGAUGUCCUCGAAGUGGAAGGAAGCGCCGAUCCUUCCAGCAAAUUCCAAUACUGGUACAACUUUGAAUCUCGAGCCAAAGUGGAUACUUUUGCUGGGUUCCCUCUGACUAUCAAGCACCGCGCAGGUAGCAAUUACACGGCAGGACUAGAGAUUGACUUGAGCUCCAUGUUCCCAGGCGAGAAGAUUGUUGUCGCCACAUGGAAGGAGUUUGUGCGAGUGGACUUCAAAAACCCAACCGAGGCCUCGUUUGGAAAGUCUGUUGGUCUACUCGGUGACUUCCAUACCGGCGAGACUCUUGCUCGCGAUGGUAUCACCGUUCAUAAUGACUUUUGGACCUAUGGAAACGAGUGGCAAGUCCUUCCAAAUGAAUUCAUGUUGUUCCACGUUGUCGAACAACCUCAGUUCCCCAAGAAGUGCAUCGAGCCUGAAGAUCCCCAAGGUGAACGUCGCCGACGACUAGAGGAGUCCUCCGUGACAGAAGAACAAGCCGAAGCCGCCUGCGCCAGCAUUCCUGAUGAAUUGGACCGCAAGGACUGCGUGUAUGAUAUCAUCGCCACUCAAGAUAUGGACAUUGUCGGGGCAUAUUGA